AUGGGAGAUAGAAAGGCUCGAUUGGCAGCCCUUGCGGCAAAGGCUGGACGAACCAAGCAAAAACAGGGAGACGAAGACGAGAGCAAUAUUUCGAAUGAAACUGCAAAUGACUCUUCCUCUCAAGAGAGAAAGACAAUCUCCUUUCGCAACUAUGCUCCCCGUGAUGCUUCCAUGGAUAUUGAUAAAAAUAGUAGCAAUGGCGAUGAUGACAAUCAAGGUGAGGGAGAUGAAUCCGCGGCCAAAAAGAGACGUUUGGAGGAAACCAGCAGUGGUACCAAAACCACAUCAUUGGCGGAAGCGUUGGCAGAAGCUCAAAAUGACAUUGUCAAGGGACCUGGGGCAACCGAAGAAGGUGUGAAUGUCAUGGCACCUAAAAAGGUGAAUUGGGAUUUGAAGCGGGGCAUUGAAAGUAAACUCGCCAAGCUGGAGCGCCGAACGCAGCGAGCUUUGGUAGAACUGUUGAAGGAACGGCUGGACAAGGAAGCAGACGAAGUGGAUGAAGAAGAACCUUCCGAGUUGGACUAA